UGGACCCGUCAAGACCUAAAAAAACUCAUCUCUGAUAUUUUUUAUUUGCGGCCUCUUCGCUAACAAAAACCUUUCACCUUUCACCUUUCACCUUCACAUUCACAACUUGGUAAAUUGUAAAUCUUUCAAAAAGGGUUGACUCGUUUACUUCAACCAUAAAGACCCCGAGUUCAGUCAGGAUAGCUUGACGAGCGAUGAACGGCCUACUCUUUCAAAGUUAGAUAUUAACCAGUCAUGUAAGUAGCUUCUCAAAACUUCUAACGGCGCAGUUGGUAUCAUUAUAUCAGCUUUGGUUCUGUAGAAGAAUUUCCUUUCCUUUCUUUUCUUCUUCUUUUCUUUUCUUCUUCUUUUUUCUUUGGAUUCGGUCGCGGUGAUGACACCUUUUUUUAUUCGGUGCUUAGAGACCUUCAAAAAGUCUCGAUGAGUGUCCCAAAAUAGACUACAACGGUAUCUGAGCGAUUUAAUUAUUAUACUAUUUAUUUAAGAAGAAUAGAAAUAAAUAUCUUAUUCUGUCUUGAAGUGUUUUGAUAUACUGCCUUCUCCAAAAACGAAUCCAUUAGCUGCGACGUGAAGACGGCAAGUCCGCUGACAGCUAUCAAAGUAGGUCGAAAUGAUGAGCAAUAAUCAUGGCAGACACACCCAGUACCGUGUCCGUCACCCCGAACCAACAUGAUCUUCCUCCAGCUUCUGUGAAUUCAGACCAACCUACCCAAGUAAAGCCCAAGCCCCGUCCCACUACUCCGAAGGGACCUCCGCUUCAUCAGAUUUAUGCGCUCCCUGCGCCUAUUCGCACUUUUCCCCUACCAGCCUUCUAUCCGAGUAAUCCCUUAUCCCUUUUUCAUGUGGUUUACGCAUGGGUGAGCCAACUCGUGUCGCCACCUCCGGCCGAGCCUGCUGUAAUUCAUCAAGGCACAUGGUCCCCCGAGACUCGAUCGGUUCAUAUUAAGGAUCCCAAGUCGAUACGGGCAUUAUGGGAGCAAGGGUUCUUUGGUAAAGGCAACUACAGCAGGAGCGAACCAAAUUGGCUCAAGCGAGAACAAGCUCGAAGAGGCGAGCAUGAUGGUCAUGUUGCUGAAGCUGUAACGGCCCAGAGGCGAGAGGAGCGUAAGAUGAUGAAGUGGGAUCGUGCCAGAAAAGAGCAGGAAGCAAUCGAGCGGACUAGACAGCUGGAAGCUUGGAAAGCUCCAGUAGGUCCCGCCGAAUUAUUGGCUCUUCCAAAUUCUUGGCAUGAUUUGAAGCCCAUAUACCCUAACGGUUCUGCCAACGGAACCUUGGUUCGGACUCCGAUCUUGAAUAGUACUCGGAAUGUCAGUGAGGCUACCAAUGCGGUCUCCAAUGGCAUUCCAAUCUCAGUAGAUACCGCCGUAUCCAAAACCUCUACCGAGAUAACAACGACCGAAAAGGAGACAAUUGCGGUUGCGUCAGGCAUAAACGGACAUUCUUCCCGUCCGCAGACUCCGACUAACCCACCUAAAAGGCGAAAGUCGGUGCGAUUUUCGCCCAAGGUGGAGUCUACAACUUUUCAGCUAUCCGAUCCACCAAGUCCCCAUCACGGCGCCUUGACAAAUGGGACCGCGAUUAACGGCAGUGUGUCGAACGGAAUUUCUCCAUUAGUCCGGCCGACCGACUUGGGUCUAUCGCAGCCUGUCUUUGAAAAUGAGACCAUUGCCAAACCUAAUUCUCAGGUAGAGCCUGAGCCUGAGCCUGAGCUUGUGGAUAAGGAGCACCUUCAGCUGUGUCCGGAAGAGGCUUUCUAUCUCGUCUUCGUUCUAGGAGUUCUGAGCGUUUUCGAUCCAGCCACCGGUAAACCUAUGACUGUGGCGGACCUGUUUGCACUUUGCCGUCAGGUAUCAUACAUGCCUCCCAAGAAGAUUGAUCUUCAACCCGAUGACCCUUUCCUUAUCCAUUAUGCUGUGUACCACCAUUUUCGAUCUCUAGGCUGGGUGACACGGCCUGGUAUCAAAUUUGGAGUUGAUUGGAUGUUGUAUAACCGUGGCCCGGUGUUCUCCCAUGCCGAGUUUGCUGUUAUUGUCCUACCAGCGUACACGGAUCCUUGGUGGAAGGCUCAGGGUCGUCAACCUCCUCGGAAGUCAUGGCACUGGCUUCACACUAUGAAUCGUGUUCAAGCCACAGCCCUAAAGACUUUGGUCCUAGCAUAUGUAGAUGUACCGCCUCCUUUUGAAGAAGGGCUCGGAGCGGCAGAGAUUUUCAAACGGUACAGAGUUAGGGAGUUCAUUGUAAAGAGAUGGCUCAGCAAUCGGAAUAGGGAUUAAAUGACUACUUAGAGGGAUGCAUCGAAAGCGGAAUUGCAUAGGAUGGCGUUGAGGAUCUGUUUUAUACCAUCAGGAUUUAUGGUUAUGAUUAGACGUUGAAGACUGUGAACGUGUCUGCCGAAUAUGAAUACGUUAACGACAGAGUACUCUACGAUAUGCUGGUUCUGGCGACGGGUCUUAUCACUGGAAAUCCAUUCAGCGCAGUGU